AUGACAUCAACAACAACCACAACGACGACGACCGGCCAGUGCCUGUGCGGCAGAGUAAAAGUCACAGUAACGGGAAAACCCCUCUCAUCCUUCCCAACCCUCACAUGCCACUGCAACAGCUGCAAGAAGCGAAGCGGCGGCGUCGCCUCCUACGCCUUCCUCGUGCCCAAGCAGCAUGUGCAGUUCUCCCCGGCCCCAAACGAGGCCCCGACGGACGACAACACUGGCUCUGCCGCCGCCGUCGGGGUUCACAAGGUCUACGUAGACAGGAACACGGGCAGCGGGCAGCCCAUGCAGCGGACCAUGUGUGGCGCGUGCGGGUCACCCGUGUGCAUCAUCGAGGCGGCGGAUGCGGAUGUCAGGUGUCUGCAGUUUGGCCUGUUCGCGGGCAGCGAAGGGGUUGAUCUCUCUGCGACUAGACCGGGUCUAGAGUUAUUUGCGAGCAGGCGGGUUGCGUGGAUCCCUGAGAUCGGUGAGGAGGUGAGAGAGGCGGCUUGA